AAUUUUUUUUUAUUUUUUUUUGCGAAACCUCGGCCUACUAAUUCAAUACGUUAUUUGUCUCAAAGAAAAAAAAGGAAACAGUCGGAUUGCUCAGGAAACUUGGACCCCAAGUUGCCGACCACACGACAAGAACUGACGAACCCGAACACUAACCCGUGUCCGCCAAGGAAGGGAAGCCCCCGGUGUGUAUAAAUUGUCCAUCUGGCCUCGACGCACAGAACCACGAAAAGCAAACCAAAGGAACCGAGCAAACAUGCGUCGCGAGGGACGGCAGCGAGGGUGGGUGCGCGUGUACGACCGCGAGCUGGUCGACCCGGAGGGCAAGCGCCGCGCCGUGCACGCCGUGGAGGGCCCGGCGGUGGCCAACGGCGGGUUCAUCAGGGCGCCGCGGAAGCCGACCAACCAGUCCAAGUCCGGCGGCCUCCGCGCGCUCGGCAGGAGCGGCAUCGCGCAAGAGGAGAAGGAGGAGGAGCCGCAGGCCCUUCCGCCGACGAUGGCCGCGCGCUUCGGGUACUACUACUCGACGGGAUUGCAGUCGCCGUUCAAGUUCGAGUCCGCCAUGUACACAACUACAAGAAAGUGGAGAUCCGUCCGCCGGCGGCAGCGCGCUUCGGGGGAAGAUCGUCGUGCAAGGCGGGGCGCAAGUUCAGGCACGACGAGGUCAAGAAGUACUACCUCGACGCGGCCGACGUCCUCGAUGGGCAGCUCGAUUAUCUUCAUGACUUCGAUUCGUGAGCGCUCGGAACGGAGGUGCAUUGUCCGGUCCCUAUGCCAACAGAAGGAUUUUUGUUUUUGCUCCUCAAGUUCGACAUGAGGAAUGGGGAGUUGUAUACUGGAUCCAGUGGUGUAUCUAAUAAAAAUGAGACUUUUUUGUGUGU